AGGACCCAGGCGCCAGAGCGCCUCCGUCUGUCCUGUAGGUUCAUUCAAUCUCCCAUACACACAGACCCACUGCGAGACCGACACACACUCACACACACUCACACACACAACUGAACGCACCGAGGCUCGGGAAGUCAGGUCGCCUCCUAGCCUCGGCGCCUCCUCCGCUCCAGCCAGCCGGGUCUCCUCUGGGGACCGGAGCUCGGCCGGGCAGCGCAGCCCCCAAAGAGGACCAGCUCCGCGGACCCCGGUUCCUCCAUGGGCAAACGCGGGCGGCCGCGCAAGGAAGCGCGCUGUGAAGGCGCGGGGCUGGCCCCCGCCGCGCCCCCGGCCGUGGCCGCGCCCCAGCCCCCGGCCCAGCCCGAGGAACCCGCGGGGGCUAAGCUCAGGUGCCCCUUCUCGGACAUUUUCAACACCAGCGAGAACUCGAUGGAGAAGCACAUCAACACUUUUCUGCAGAACGUGCAGAUUCUGCUCGAGGCCGCCAGCUACCUGGAGCAGAUCGAGAAAGAAAACAAAAAGUGUGAACAUGGCUAUGCCUCAACGUUCCCCUCCAUGCCGAGCCCCCGGCUGCAGCAUUCAAAGCCCCCAAGGAGAUUGAGCCGAGCACAGAAACACAGCAACGGGAGCAGCAACACCAGCACUGCCAACAGGUCUACACACAAUGAGCUGGAAAAGAAUCGACGAGCUCAUCUGCGCCUGUGUUUAGAACGCUUAAAAGUUCUGAUUCCACUAGGACCAGACUGUACCAGGCACACAACACUUGGUUUGCUUAACAAAGCCAAAGCACAUAUCAAGAAACUUGAAGAAGCUGAAAGGAAGAGCCAGCACCAGCUAGAGAACUUGGAACGAGAACAGAGAUUUUUAAAGCGGCGAUUGGAACAGCUGCAGGGUCCUCAGGAGUUGGAACGAAUACGAAUGGACAGCAUUGGAUCGACUGUUUCUUCAGAUCGUUCUGAUUCAGAGCGAGAGGAGAUUGAAGUGGAUGUUGAAAGCACAGAGUUCUCCCAUGGAGAAGUGGACAAUAUCAGUACCACCAGCAUCAGUGACAUUGAUGACCACAGCAGCCUGCAGAGUAUUGGGAGUGACGAGGGUUACUCCAGUGCCAGUGUCAAACUUUCGUUCACUUCCUAGAACCCAGCAUGACAUAACAGUGCAGGGCAAAAUAUUCACUGGGCCAACUCAAUCCAAACAAUCUCUUAAAUUGGGUUCAUGAUGCAGUCUCCUCUUUAAAACUAAACAAAACUAUACUUGAACAAAAGGGUCAAAAGACCUCUAUUUAAGCAAAUACUUAGCAAAAAGUGGGGCAGAGCCUCCCCAGCAGAACAAAUACUCAUAAUAUUCAUAUUUGAAAAUCUGUUUCUAAUGGCAGCAGAAAACUUGGUGAAAUUUUCUUGAUUUAGUUUAUUUGAAAGAGGACAUUGGAGAUUCUGUCCUCUUGUUCUUCUGUAGUUUGCUCAUCAUACAAUGAGUAGACACAUUUAAGGAUGGGGUUAUGAACCCUUCCUGAGUUUUAUGGUCCUAAAAACAAAAUCAAACCUAUAGUAAUGAGAAGACAAGAUAAUCAGGCAUUAACUUGGAUAGCUAAAGAGCUAUUAAAACUCAGCCUGGGACAGCUUAUCAUGAAGCCUGUGGAUGAUCAAUUCUUGGAAAAAAAAAAAAAAA